GAUUCAUGUCAAUAGUAAAGAUGUCGUCGACUCCCUUAGAAAGCUUAGAAACCCAGCUCGAGCUUUUCAUUGAAAAUGUUCGACAAAUACGUAUUAUAGUGAGUGAUUUUCAACCUCAGGGACAGAAUGUAUUAAACCAGAAAAUACAAGGACUUGUUAAUGGGCUUCAAGAAAUCGACAAAUUAAAAUCGCAAGUUCAAGAUGUUCACGUUCCUUUGGAGGUCUUCGACUACAUUGAUCAGGGAAGGAAUCCUCAACUUUACACAAAAGAUUGCAUGGAAAAGGCUUUGACGAAAAAUGAACAGGUCAAGGGAAAGAUUGAUGCCUAUAGAAAAUUCAAAGCCAACUUGCUAGUUGAAUUAAAUCGAGUAUUUCCUAAUGAACUUGCAAAAUAUCGCGCUGUACGCGGUGAUGAGUAAAUGACUGAAAUGGCCAAAAAAAUUAUAUCAGUACCUUGCAAUUUUUUACAAGCCAUUAAAUAAUUUAAAUAAUCAGAUUAAAACAAUAUCAAUUUCUUAACAUUAACCCAAUCAUCAUUCAAAUAUCUGUACAAUUACACAAUGUCCAAAUUUACUCAGAGAAUUUAAAAAUUUUUGUAAUUAUAUUAAAUGAUCGAUUUAAUAAUAUUCAGCUGAGUGAUCUUGUAACUCAGUAUGUUUGCUUAUCCAUUAGCAAGAAAUUUACUAUUUAUUUAAUGUGAGACGUAUUUUAUAAAUUA